GUGUAAUUCUCUACCUUGCCGCUACUGUUGAUAGUUACGUGGCGGUAGUGUCUCUCUUCCAUUUUGGUUUACGUCUUUUCCGCUACACUAUCCAUCAUGAGUCGCGUCAGGACAAAGACGGUCAAAAAGGCCGCGAAACUUAUUAUUGAGAAGUACUAUACUCGAUUGACUAUGGACUUCCAUACUAAUAAAAGGAUAUGCGAGGAAAUUGCUAUUAUUCCUAGCAAAUCUUUGCGUAACAAAAUCGCUGGAUUUGUUACACAUUUAAUGAAGCGUCUGAGGCACAGUCAAGUCCGUGGCAUUUCUAUUAAAUUGCAAGAAGAAGAGAGGGAACGCAGAGACAACUAUGUUCCUGAAGUUUCUGCUCUGGAACACGACAUCAUCGAAGUCGACCCAGAAACGAAAGAAAUGUUACAGAUGCUUGGAUUCAACAACAUUCCUGGACUGCAACUCACACAAUCUCAAUUAGCACCUUACAGCAGGCGUUCUUAAACCUUUUUUCUUUAUAUUAAAUAAGUCUGUUGGUGUUGCACUUUUUAAUAAAAACUGCAAGCUGACAUACUAAAACAA